AUGAUGCCACCACGUUUCCAGGUUGACUGGAUCUUGCAGUUUCCGCCCCGGGUGAUCCGGAGGCGUGAGGUGUCGCCUUCGAGUUGGAUGCAUCAUCCGACUCGCCAGAAAAGACGAGCUCUAUCUCAGGCUCAUCUGGAUUACGAUUCGCGGUACUUGCUGCAGACGCAGCGGAUGUACCUGCCGCACGUGGUGACUAACCACGUGAACUUUCCACAGUAG